AUGGCGAUACGAGAGCUGAAAGUCUGUCUGCUUGGAGAUACUGGAGUUGGCAAAUCAAGUAUAGUUUGUCGAUUUGUUCAGGAUCAUUUUGACCACAAUAUUAGCCCUACUAUUGGAGCUUCUUUUAUGACUAAAACAGUUCCUUGUGGGAAUGAGCUUCAUAAAUUUCUGAUCUGGGAUACAGCAGGUCAGGAGAGGUUUCAUUCACUGGCACCUAUGUAUUAUCGUGGAUCAGCAGCAGCUGUUAUAGUUUAUGACAUAACUAAGCAGGAUUCAUUUCAUACACUGAAGAAAUGGGUAAAAGAAUUAAAAGAACAUGGUCCUGAAAACAUUGUAAUGGCUAUUGCUGGAAACAAGUGUGACCUUUCGGAUAUUAGGGAGGUACCUAUGAAAGAUGCCAAAGAAUAUGCAGAAUCUAUAGGUGCAAUUGUUGUUGAGACUAGUGCCAAAAAUGCAAUUAACAUUGAAGAACUCUUUCAAGCAAUCAGCCGGCAGAUUCCACCUUUAGAAACUCAUGAAAAUGGCAACAGUGGAACAAUCAAACUCAGGAAGCAGACUGCUCAGACAACACGAAGAUGCUGUUAAACAACCAGAACUGGUUUGAUGCACUUGAAAAUAAAACAAGAUCAUUUAUUUAUUGAACCACAGACUUCAGAAAGCCAACGACAUGGUACACUCUCUAAAAACAGUAGUAUCACUAUUCUUUGUUGAGGGGAUUAGUGAGAGAAAAAUGUCCUUCCACUGAAUUCUGCAGAAUUAUGUAAACCAUUUAAGCAGUAAACUGGUUGAAACAGUGACUCAGAUUAUUUGGAAUAAUCUGUUUAAACUGUUGACUAUUUUAAAGAAGCAAUACCUAUGUUUUUUACAAAUCUUUUUUGUAUUUUGAGUAUGUUUCUCAUGUAUAUUUUUACAGAAUUAUAAUGCAUAGUACUUUAAUCAAAUGAAGGAAGAACAUUUUAUUUUACUGGGUUUGGCUUCUAUGACCUUUUAGAAUUAUUUUUAAAGGUAUAAAUGAGGUACUUCUGCAUCCAAUACAGAUAAAAUUAGUGACAAUAACAAUUCUAGUAAAUGUUAAACUGUUGCUUCUGCAUUUGAAAAGC